AUGUCCAAGAAGGGCCCGGGCAGCCGAGCCAAGGGGGACAAGGCUGAGGCCUUUGCUGCGCUGCAGGCCGCCAACGAGGAGCUGCGGGCCAAGCUCACGGACAUCCAGAUUGAGCUGCAGCAGGAGAAGAGCAAGGUCAGCCGGGUGGAGAGAGAGAAGAACCAGGAGCUGAAGCAGGUGCGCGAGCACGAGCAGCACAAGAACGCGGUGCUGCUCACGGAGCUGAAGAGCAAGCUGCACGAGGAGAAGAUGAAGGAGCUGCAGGCCGUGCGCGAGACGCUGCUGCGCCAGCACGAGGCCGAGCUGCUGCGCGUCAUCAAGAUCAAGGACAACGAGAACCAGCGGCUGCAGGCGCUGCUGCACGCCCUGCGCGGCGGCGGCCCCGAGAAGGUCAAGACCGGGCUGCUGUCCGAGGCCAAGGAGGAGGCCAAGAAGGGCUUCGAGGUGGAGAAGGUGAAGAUGCAGCAGGAGAUCCUGGAGCUCAAGGGGGCCAAGCGGCAGGUGGAGGAGGCGCUGACCGUGGUCAUGCAGGCCGACAAGAUCAAGGCCGCGGAGAUCCGGAGCGUGUACCACCUGCACCAGGAGGAGAUCUCCCGCAUCAAAAAGGAGUGUGAGCGUGAGAUCCGCAGGCUGAUGGAGGAGAUAAAAUUUAAGGACAGAGCAGUCUUCGUGCUGGAGAGAGAGUUAGGGAUUCAAGCCGGGCAUGCUCAGAGACUGCAGCUCCAAAAGGAGGCUCUCGAUGAGCAGCUGUCCCAGGUCAGAGAGGCUGACCGGCACCUGGGCAGCCCCAGACGGGAACUUCCUUAUGCCAGCGGUGCAGGAGACGCCUCAGACCACUCGGGAAGCCCUGAACAGCAGUUGGAUGAAAAGGAUGCCCGGCGUUUCCAACUUAAAAUCGCAGAGCUAAGCGGCAUCAUUCGGAAACUCGAGGACCGGAACGCCUUGCUGUCGGAAGAGAGGAAUGAGCUGCUAAAGCGUUUGAGAGAAGCUGAAAGCCAGUACAAGCCUUUGCUGGAUAAAAACAAGCGGCUCUCUCGGAAAAACGAGAGUCUGUCCCACACGCUGCGUCGGAUGGAAAACAAGUUGAAGUUUGUCACGCAGGAGAACAUAGAAAUGAGACAAAGAGCUGGCAUCAUAAGGAGACCCAGUUCCCUCAACGACCUGGAUCAGAGUCAAGAUGAGAGAGAGAUUGACUUCCUGAAACUCCAAAUUGUGGAGCAGCAGAACCUCAUCGACGAGCUGUCCAAGGCGCUGGAGACGGCCGGUUAUGUGAAGAGCGUGCUAGAGCGCGACAAGCUUUUGAGGUUUCGGAAGCAGAGGAAGAAGAUGGCCAAGCUGCCCAAGCCGGUGGUGGUCGAGACCUUCUUCGGGUACGAUGAGGAGGCUUCCCUGGAAUCGGACGGCUCCUCCAUAUCCUACCAAACCGACAGGACGGACCAAACCCCGUGCACCCCGGACGACGACCUGGAGGAGGGCAUGGCCAAGGAGGAGACGGAGCUGCGGUUCCGGCAGCUGACCAUGGAGUACCAGGCCCUGCAGCGCGCGUACGCCUUGCUGCAGGAGCAGGUCGGAGGGACGCUGGACGCAGAGCGAGAAGUUAAGACCCGUGAGCAGCUCCAAGCAGAAGUGCAGAGAGCGCAGACUCAGAUAGAGGACCUGGAGAAGGCCCUGGCCGAGGAGGGGCAGGACAUGAAGUGGAUUGAAGAGAAGCAGGCCCUGUACCGGAGAAACCAAGAGCUUGUGGAAAAGAUCAAGCAGAUGGAGACGCAAGAGGCUCGGUUAAAACACGACGUCCAGGAUGUGAAAGACCAGAACGAGCUGCUGGAGUUCCGGAUCCUGGAACUGGAGGAGAGGGAGAGGAAGUCACCCGCCAUCAACUUCCACCACAUCCCCUUCGUGGAUGGCAAGAGCCCCCUGCAAGCGUACUGUGAGGCGGAAGGCGUGACGGACAUCCAGGUCACAGAGCUGAUGAAGAAGCUGGACAUCUUGGGGGACAACGCCAAUCUGACCAAUGAAGAGCAGGUGGUUGUCAUACAAGCCAGGACCGUCCUGACGUUGGCUGAGAAGUGGCUCCAGCAGAUGGAAGAGAUGGAGACAGCCCUGCAGCGGAAGAUGGUUGACCUGGAGAGUGAGAAGGAGCUGUUCAGUAAGCAGAAGGGCUACCUGGACGAGGAGCUGGACUACAGGAAGCAGGCCCUGGACCAGGCCCACAAGCACAUCCUGGAGCUGGAGGCCAUGCUGUUCGACGCGCUGCAGCAGGAGGCGGGGGCCAAGGUGGCGGAGCUGCUGUCGGAGGAGGAGCGGGGGAAGCUGCGGGCGGCCGUGGAGCAGUGGAAGCGCCAGGUCCUGAGCGAGCUGCGCGAGCGGGACGCCCAGAUCCUGCGGGAGCGCAUGGAGCUCCUGCAGCUGGCACAGCAGAGAAUUAAAGAGUUAGAAGAAAGAAUAGAGGCCCAGAAGAGGCAAAUAAAGGAACUGGAGGAAAAGUUUCUAUUUUUGUUCUUAUUUUUCUCCUUAGCGUUCAUUCUGUGGUCAUAG